AUGCUUUUCUUCUUAAGGCUUAACCAAGAGGUUAAGCCCAGAAUUUCCAGAAGCAGGAGCACCGUCAACAGCAUCCAUGCUAUGGAACCUCAAGAAGUCACCCAGUCGUCUCUUCUGAGAGAUGAUGAAAUUAAAGAAAGCGAUGAAGCAGCUGCGUGGAUAGUCUCACAGGAGAUGAAGGAGAGAGAGGAGAUCGAAGGUAUACAGGACUGCCCUUUGUUGGGGGCCAUGGCUGCAGAAGGAGAAGGUGCAAAUGAAGAGGAGGAAGAAGAAGAAGAAGAAGAAGAAGAAGAAGAAGAAGAAGAAGAAGAAGAAGAAGAGGAGGAGGAGGAGGAGGAGGAGGAGGAGGAAGGAGAAGAAGCCAGAGAUGAAACUACUACUGGCAGUUCAGCCCCAGUAGAUGACAGAAGCCAUGAUGCUGGGACCAGCAGCAAUGGCAAUGGCCAGGAUAGGGAUCAAGGAGAGGAGCUGAUCCCUGGGGGCGCAAAGGGCCUUCAGGCUCUCCCAAGUCCAUCAGGCCAGCUGCCCCGCAACCGAUACAGGUUCACCGAGUUCCAGCUACGGGAGCUGGAACGCAUUUUCGAACGCAAUCACUAUCCCAGUGCUGCGACCCGACGGGAGCUCGCGAGAUGGAUAGGUGCGACUGAAUCCAGAGUGGAGAACUGGUUUAAGAGUAGGAGAGCCAAAUACAGGAAAAGCCUGAUGUAAGUGCUCUGAAGUGCUCUAAAGAUUGUGGAGGAGCGCUGGAGAACCAACUGUGCCCAGGAGACAGAAGCAGAUGAGAUUUUGCUGCCACCAACGCAUUAUUUUACCACUCACCUCUCCCUCCCCCC